AUGUCAGCUGUCAAUGACACCAAAUUCAGCUCUGCAGCAUUCCUUCUCACCGGGAUACCUGGGCAGGAUGACGUCCAUCUCUGGAUCAUCUCUAUCCCUUUUUGUUUAAUGUAUGUUAUUUUGAUAGUAGGAAAGUCAGUCAUUCUGUUCAUUAAAAAAACAGAUCCAAGCCUCCAUGAGCCCAUGUACAUUUUCCUUUCCAUGUUGGCCAUCACAGACCUUGGCUUAUCGAUAGUCACCAUACCGACAAUACUGGGCAUAUACUUGUUCAACUCUAGGGAGAUCAGCCUCAAUGCUUGUUUGGCCCAGCUGUUCUUCAUCCACUCAUUUUCAUUAAUUGAAUCCUCUGUGCUCCUGUUAAUGGCCUUGGACCACUUUGUUGCGAUCUAUCACCCACUGAAAUAUGCUUCUAUCCUAACCAUGCAGAGAAUAGCUAAGAUGGGACUGGUGUUUGUGCUAAGAGGGUUGGCUGUAGUAUUACCAGUCCCCUUUCUCCUGAAACGGUUCCAGUACUGUCGAGCCAAUGUCCUCUCUCAUUCCUACUGCCUGCACCAGGAUGUCAUGAAGAUGGCUUGUUCAGACAUCACGGUCAACAGCAUCUAUGGCUUGUUCAUAAUAGUCUCCACAGUGGGUUUGGACUUCCUGCUCAUCCUGCUAUCUUAUGUGAUGAUCCUCAAAACAGUGCUGAGCAUUGCAUCCAAUGUGGAGCGUGUCAGGGCCCUGAACACCUGCGUCUCCCACCUCUGUGCUGUCCUGCUCUUCUACACGCCAAUGAUUGGCCUGUCUGUGAUACACAGAUUUGGGAAUAGCUCUUCUCCCUUGCUUCAGAUUCUCCUGGGAUAUGUCUACCUGCUGGUCCCGCCCCGAUGA